AUGCUAGAUGAUUUUAGUGUUCGUCUAGUUAAUGAUCAACCUAUUCGUCUCCUUCUAUUUGCUGAAGCAGUGUCAAAUCUAAGCUUGAUAUUGUUUGUGUACUUCUAUCCAGGAACAUUUCUUGCAUUUUUACUUCGACCUGUCGACGAAAUAACGCCGUUGACCACUUACAUUCUUUCCUGGUGGAAUUCGUGGCUUUUCAUUAUCACUGGUUUGAUGUUUGCUGCAGUCCCAUCGAAGUACAACACACCAACGUUGACAGCUGGUUUAAUUCAUGUUCGUCGUUUCAUUUAUUGGGGCCUAUUAGCCAGUGAAAUACUUCUGAUUUACCAUUUGUUAUUCGCGCGUUAUCGAACAGUGUUAUCCAUCGUAUUCUGUAUUUUCCUCGUCGCUGUUUGUAUCGGCCGAUUGAUCGUGCUGUUUCCCAGGCAAGCCUGGUUCGGUACUGUUCUUAUUGAAAUUUCAAGUGACAAAAUGAAUAAACAGCAAUAG